GAUUCAAAUCCACACUACUGCAGAGUUUUGAGAGAAAAAAUGGCCGCAAGAGAAGCUGCAAACAAGGCUAUGGAGGCUCGAAAAGCUGCAAUGGUGGAAGCUUCAUGGUGUCGAAUACUCAAAGCAGCCAGGAUUGAAAGCAAAGCAGCAGAAGUUGUUCUUUUAAAAGCAGAGAAAACUGCAACAGAAGCUUUCGAAGCAGCAAUGGCCAUGGGGGUGAUCAUGUAUGAUAUACCUGAUUGUCCUCAAAAGACUUGUCAAAUAGAAACAUCAUCUACAAGAGGUUUUGCUACUCAUACUGUUAAGGCAUCCUUUGAAACUGCAUUUGAGGUUUAUAAACAAGUGGCUGCAGCAGUCAAAACUGCAUUUGUUAGGCUUGCAAGUUGCCCCUCUUUUAAUAAAGAUGAAUUUAAAGAACUCCUAAAGAAAAUCAGUGAGAAUCUAGAUACUGGUGAUUGUAAUCAGGAGGUUACAGAGAUUCUGUCAGAAUGUGAAUUAGAAGCAAGGUCAAAACUUGAAACAAUUGCUCAAAUGGACGGUUUUGUUUCUCAAGGCUUGGAGCAUAAGUCACCAGUUACAGAGACUAGGUGGAAAAAAUCCAAGAAGAGGCAGUCUCUCGAGAAGUUUAACAUGGAAAAGCUCAUUGAAAUGAUGCUUGAAAGGCUUAAAUAACGGAUGAACCGUACCAUUGUGGAGAAAGUUCGAUGCAUGCUAAGAAUGGCAACUCUACCUAAGCCAUUCUGGGGUGAAGCAGUCAACACAGUAGUUUAUUUGAUCAACUGGUCGCCUUCAAUUCCUUUGAAUUUUGAAAUCCCGGAAAAAGCUUGGACGGGAAAGGACGUUGGAUACUCUCACUUGAGAGUGUUCGGGUGCAAAGCAUUUAUGCACGUACCAAAGGAACAGAGAUCAAAGUUGGAUGAUAAAGCCAUUCCAUGCAUUUUUGUUGGAUAUGGUGAUGAGGAGUUUGGCUAUAGACUAUGGGACCCAGAAAAGAAGAAAACUGUCAGAAGUAGAGAUGUCGUGUUUCAUGAACAUGAGAAAAUUAAUGAUUUGAAGGAAGAAAAAGCUACAAGAAGCUCUGGAGAGGGUGUAGAAGAUCUAACACUGGCAAAAACUCCUUCAAGAAAAAUUACAAAUGAAGAAGAGCAAGGGGAGCAACCCCUGCCACAAGAGGAAAAACCUCAGCUAAGAAGGUCCACCAGAGAGCACAAACCAUCUACAAGAUACUACAAUUCUGAUUAUAUCCUAAUCACUGAAGAAGGGGAGCCAGAGAACUUCCAGGAGGUGCAGUCUCACAAAGAUAAAGACUACUGGAUGAAGGCCAUGCAAGAUGAAAUGAAAUCCCUACACAAGAACAAUACUUAUGAGCUUGUGGAACUUCCCAAAGGAAGAAAAACCCUGAAAAACAAGUGGGUGUUCAAGCUCAAGAAAGAUGGUGACAAGAUAGUCAAAUAUAAGGCUCAAUUGGUGGUAAAGGGCCUCAGUCAGAAAAAGGGGAUUGAUUUUGAUGAAAUAUUUUCCCCAAUGGUAAAGAUGAGCUCGAUUCGCGUUGUGCUUGGUCUAGCAGCAAGCAUGAAUCUUGAGCUCGAGCAGUUAGAUGUGAAAACUGCAUUUCUUCAUGGUGACUUGCAUGAGGAAAUUUAUAUGGAUCAGCCAGAAGGUUUUGAAGAACAAGGGAAGGAGCAUAUGGUUUGCAAAUUGAAGAAGAGCUUGUAUGGACUAAAGCAAGCUCCAAGACAAUGGUAUAAGAAGUUUGACUCUUUUAUGAUGAGUCAUGGUUACCAAAGAACAAAUGCAGAUCCAUGUGUCUACAUCAAAUUAUUCCCUGAUGGCAACUUCAUUAUCCUUUUGUUAUAUGUUGAUGAUAUGCUGAUUUUGGGACAAGAUGUUGAGAAAAUUUACAGGUUAAAAGAGGAGUUAUCAAAGUCCUUUGACAUGAAGGACUUGGGACCAGCAAAGCAAAUUCUGGGUAUGGCUAUUACUCGUGAUAGAAAGGCUGGGAAGUUGUGGUUAUCACAGGAGAAGUAUGUUGAACGGAUGCUUGAAAGGUUCAACAUGAAACAUGCUAAACCAGUUAGCACUCCUCUUGCAAAUCACUUCAAGCUGAGUAAACGAUCUUGUCCAACUACCAAAGAAGAAAAGGAGAAAAUGUCAUCUAUUCCUUAUUCUUCUGCAGUCGGUUCACUGAUGUAUGCAAUGGUAUGUACAUGGCCAGACAUUGCUCAUGCUGUUGGUGUUGUGAGUAGAUUCUUGUCUGAUCCAGGCAAGAUUCAUUGGGAAGCUGUUAAGUGGAUCUUCAAAUAUCUGAGAGGUACGACCAAGUUGUGUUUGACUUUUGGGCAGACUGAACCAAUUCUGAAGGGAUACACAGAUGUAGACAUGGCAGGUGACCUUGAUAAUAGAAAAUCUAUUUCAGGGUAUUUAUUCACUUUUGUAGGGGGAGUUGUAUCAUGGCAAUCAAAAUUGCAAAAGUGUGUUGCCUUGUCAACAACUGAAGCUGAAUACAUUGCAGCUACAGAAGCUGCAGGAUCCAGAACAAGAAAAACUAAUAAUGAAUACCCCAUUGAUGGUCCAAUGAGGAAAAAGCAGGUUGAGUCAGAACUCCCAAGUCUAGACAAGUUUUUGGUUAAGCACAUGACGAAGCUGGAACAGGAGGUCCAAGAAGCCAAGAACAAGAGGAAUGGACAUGAGAUUGUCAAUUCUGAUAAGGAAACAAUUUCAUCAGAGGCUGCUCCAAACUUGGAGAGCAUUCUUGUGAAGCAUUCUUCGAAGUUUGAGAGAGAGAUUCAAGAGGCCAAAAAGAACUUUAGUGAGAAUUCUGUUACAGACCACAAGAACUCAGAUAAAGAUACUGCAUCAUCAACAUCCGUGCCUGAUUUGGGAAGUAUAUUGGUUAAGAAAUUAUCGAAACUGGAAAAAGAAAUUCAAGAGACCAAGAGGAAUAAUGGGAGUGCAUUUGAGAUGAAUGGCAAGAAAACUGGGGGAAUGCCAAAUGGUUUGCCUAGACGCAUGAGAGCUGAUAUUCCUGAAGUACCCAGCCUGGAUAAGUUUCUAGUGAAACAUGUCACGAGACUUGAAAGAGAGGUGGAGGAAGCAAAAAAUAGGAGAAAAAAUAAUGCAGUUGAGGGAGGCAGGAAGGCUAAUGAAGUUCUACCUGAGAAAGAUGCUUCCUUCUUUAAUGGAGAAAAAGAAAAUAUGGAAUUGAAUACUGAAGUUCAAGGGACAGGUGGUGGGUCUUUAAUGAUUGAGAAGUUGUAUAAAGAAUCUGGAAACCAGAAGAAUGAAGACAGUCUGGAGAAGAUCCUGGUGAAACCAGUACACAGGCUAGAAAGGGAGAAAAUGCAAGCAUUGUCGUCAGGAAGCAGUUAUGAAAAUAAACAGAAACGAGGUGGAACCAACUAUACAGACUGUGAAAGUUUGGACAAAGUUCUAGUAAAGCAUGUUUCUAGACUAGAGAGGGAAAAAAUGAGGUCAAGUGAGAGAGAAGAAGUGGUGAAGGUAAAGAGAACUGGCAUAAACAUGCCACAGGUGAAUUCAGAAGAUAGUCUGGACAAAGUUUUGGUUAAACAUAAAUCAAGACUGGAGAAAGAGAAAAUGGCUGCUGCUGCUGUGCAACCAGAAGAACCGAUUAGACUCUCUGUAUCUCGUAGAGAAGCAAGGCAGAAAGAGCUGCAAGAAGCAUGGGGAGGCUUAAGCUUAGGAAAUUCCAUCAAGCCACAUAUCUCAAAACUGGAACGGGACAAGGCAAGUUAUUAUUGAGUUUGCUAGCUAUGUUUUUUCCUUUUUAUUUUUCCCUCUUCUUUUUGGAAAUUUUCAGUGAUAUAUGUGAGAUGUUAUUUGUUUUUGUGUCUUAAUGGAUUUGUUUGUUAUCAGGCUGCUUGGAUAAACGCUGAAGAGGAAGAAAGUAGGCAAGCUAUG